AUGCCCGCCCCAAUUGGGAAUAACAAUGCAAAUGUUGUAAAUGGCUCAUGCGGCUUUUCCCAGCCCUCUGGUGUUCCGGAUGUUCCAUCCUUUGCCGGGAGGGAGCCUGUAAAUAUUGCCAACAUCACGCCAAGCAGCCAGCCAAAUGAUGCCCCAUCAAAUGCCGGAGCGGUGCCGGAUUACCCUGUCCCUGCGUAUGCAGCAUGGUUUUCUUUAGAUUCUAUCCAUGGCAUUGAAAAGCGAGCAUUUCCAGAGUUCUUUCCACCGUCUUGCACAGAUUCCGCCGAGACGGCCACCGUAUCCCAAUAUAGGCACGCUCGCAAUUUUGUGAUUCAGACGUGGCGCUCCUCAGCGGGCUCGCCACCAGUGUACACAUCUGUUACAGCCAUUAGGAGGCAUUUGGCGAUGGACGUCGCAGCUUUAUUGAAAAUCCACUCGUUUCUUGAACGGUGGGGCCUCAUAAACUGGAUUCCUGAUGAAUUGUAUCACUCUUUGAAGGACCCUUCGCUUAACCUUUGUAUGGAUUGCUUUGGCGAUGGGCGGUUUUCGUCCCAAUAUUUCAGUGGAGAUUUUGUAAAAUUGGGGAUAUCCUCUGAAGAUGGCGGCUGGUCGGACCAAGAGCUGCUAUACCUGUUUGAGGGCAUUGAGAUGUUUGCUUCAGAGUCCUCCGGACCGGAGGCUUGGGAGCGUAUUUCGACACACGUCCAGACUCGGUCUUCAAGCGAAUGCAUAAGGAAGUUCAUCACGCUCCCGGACAUGCAGGCCGAAAAAACAGCCUCUUUUGAGCUUUUUUCAAACUCCCUGGCAAGUUCAUCAAACAAUCCAAUUGCAGCGCUUGUCGCCACGCUCUCCUCUGCAGUUCACCCGGACGUUGGCGCUCAGGCCGCGAAAAUGGCGCUUUCCACCCUCAAGCAGGACCUCUCGAACCAAGACGAAGUUGUCUCCCAAAUUGUUUCCGCAUUCCCAUCACUUGUGGAUACUCAAUUGACCGAAGAGGAAAAGAAAACACGCCAGUCGUUGGCGCUUCUUGCAGAGCUUCUAGCACGAAAGGUGGACGCCAAAAUCUCGCUUCUAUAUGCGCUUGAAAAUUCACUCUCCUCCGAGUUAUCUUAUCUGAAAACCUCGUCCUCUGCAUCGGAAACAGUGUUCCAAGAUGCACCGCCCAAGUCGGCCAACAUUGAGGCUUUACAUCAAUAA